GCCCCGGCGGCGGGAGCUUGAAGUGUUCGAACGGAGAGCGGAACGGGAAGGGCGAUCCGCCGGGCUCCUUCCUCCUUCACCCGGGUCUUGGGGGGUUUGUGCUCCCCGAGGGACCUCCCCGCGCUCCUCAGCCUCUGCGGCUCGGUGUUGUGCCUGCGGUUUUGAGGUGCAUCAGCUCAGAACGAGCUUCACGGGUUUGUGGCCCUGCUUAUGGGCUACCCAACCUUCUCUGCGGGCUGARAAACCAGCAAGGGGAAAGCUGUAUUGGGUGUUAAUAGAGCCUUUUGGUGUUGAGAAAGUAAAACGAGUGAGUGCUGUUAUAUAUUACGUAGCUAUAAGCAGGAAAACUGAGGACAUAGUCACAGACGUACCCAAAGUGCAAAAGUCAAAGACUGCUGUUCAUCUUGAGAUGGAAGAAACAGUGCUGGAUAAAUUGCCAUCUUUGUGCAAUACUCCAAAGGAUUCUGGGGCACCACCUCCACAGGGGACUAGUUCAGGGAAGCAGCAAAUGAGUGCAUCUCUGAGGGAGCGAUUAAGGAAAACAAGACGUUCAUUCAAUGCCAAUUUUACAGUGGCAAAGCGGCUCAAAAUAGACCCUGAAGAAAAAGACUCAACUAGUGCUGACACAGRGUGCUUGYCAGAGACAAGUACAGACUGUUACAGAUUACAAGAUGGGUCUAAAAACCUGGAAGGAAAUGGCACUGGACAUACACAUUUCAAAAGUCCCUUACAGGAGAGUGAUCCCUGUGGAUCAGCAGAGAAUUUGCAUGUGCCACAGGUUGAUCUUGGUCAGCAACAGUCCCUGGAAGAAAAACUAAAGCUGAUGAAACAAGUGCAAGAGAAGGAAGAGUUACUUCGUAGGCUCAAGCUGGUGAAGAUGUAUCGAUCCAAGAACAACCUGUCUGAGCUGCAGGCUUUGAUAGUGAAGUGGAGAAGCAGCACCCAGCUGAUGCUGUAUGAGCUGCAGUCGGCCUUUUCUGCAGAUGGCAAGAAAGUGAGUCUCACUCAGCUCAUCGAUACUUUUGGGUUAGAGGACCAGUUACUGCACUACAGCAGAACAGAAGAAGAUUUUCUAGACGUAUAAUUUACAUGUGCAGAGCUUUCUUUACACAGAUAGAAAAGUAAAAAAGACUGAAUAAAUUCUGAUCGUGUCAGAAGUAUUGGUCAGACAAUGGACAUGAUGCUUUGGAGUUAGGAGGUUUUUUCCAGAKAUACUUGUCAAGCUGUGCACAUACAUACAGUAGGCACUGUAAAAAGCAUUACUUUAUGGAAA